UUCGAUUUGCAUGUCGAUAUCAGUACAAAUUCGGCUAUCACAACUCGUGUAUCCAACGCAGCGCAAUCUUACGCAUCUUCAGUUACGGUUACAGUUAUAGGAAAAACUUAUCGCCAAAGUUUGACAAAAUGAAGGUCCUCGUGAUCCUGUGCGCCCUCGUGGCAGUCGCCUCCGCCGGUUUUAUACGCAGCGGUUGGGGCGGUGGUUCCAGUCUCGGCGGCUGGGGUGGCUAUGGUGGUGGUGGCUACGGCGGUGGCGGUUAUGGUGGUGGCGGUUAUGGCGGUGGCAGCUAUUCUGGCGGUUAUUCAUCACCGAAAGUGAUCAAAGUGAUUACACUGGGUAGCAGCGGCGGUGGUUAUGGUGGAUACGGUGGUGGUGGCUAUGGCGGCAGUGGUUAUGGAGGAUACGGCAGUGGCGGCUGGGGUGGAUACGGCGGCGGCGGUUGGAAGGGCGGUUAUGGUGGUGGCAGCGGUUGGUGGUAAAAUGCAUAUGUCGACCUGGCAACUCUGUCGCAUUGGAUCUUUUCGAAUUUCGUGUGUUGUGAUUUUGUUUUUGUAUAUAAAUCUGCAUGCAUAUAUGUACCUUUUUGCGGAAUAAAGUAAAUUUAUUUUAUG